AUGCAAACGUUCUUCCCGUUGUUUAAUAGACAAAGAGCUUCGGAUCCACCUAUUGCAUAUCAUAUGUAUCCAGUACAACAAUCUUAUCCAAUAAGUAAUUAUCCUAAUAAUUAUCAUAAUCACAACCCAUAUUACAAUAUUGAUGAACCUGAAUUGCAUAUAAGUGAUCAACAUUUUAGUAGUGACGAGUAUCAAAAUAAUACUUCAGAGGGACCAGUAUGUUGUCCUCACGAAAUACAAAAAAGUAAGAUUCAUAGAGUUUCUCCGAAUUCAAGAGUCAGGAAACAACUUUUUAUGGCUGAUAGAAAUAGAUUACCAAAAUUUAGAGACCCUUGGAGAUACCUUGAUCAAUCAACACAAAGUCAUACGGAACAACCAUUAAGUCGUGAUGAGGCACGUAGAAUUCGUGAAAUUUGGCAAGAUACUAGAGCUCAAUAUGAUCCAAGUGAUCAUGAAAUUGAAGAAGAGUACUUAUAUGAAGAGGAAUACAAUGAUGAAAAUGCUGAGAGGCGACGAAUUGAAUUAGUUGAAAAAGGUGCAAAAUUAGUAAGAUACUCAUACCAUUAUCAAUUACCAACUAUAUCUGCUUUAAUAAAGUCUACAAAUCCAGAACAAUUUAGGAGUAGAGCACUUUCACCAAUAGCAGAGGCAUAUCGAUCUCCUAAACAUAAUCAGCAAGGUGAUGAGAUUAGCAAUGAAGGUUUUGAGGAACAAAAAGCUGAUGAACCCUUCAUAGGUAGAACUUACCAUAGAUCUACUUAUCCAAUAAUGGAACAUAAUAAUAGGACUGAAAAUAGCUUUAUUAAUGAUAAUUGGGUAUAUCAUAAUCAAGAAUCAAAUGAAGACCAUUAUCAGAAUCAAGCUCAUUAUGAUGAAAGCUUAGAUUAUUCUAAAACAAAUCCUAAUGAGAAUUUGUUAUUAAGUUCAAAUGAACACGAUGCUAUUCAUAAAUUGGGAAUAAAAGAUAAUUAUACUCCAUCUCAUAGACAUUCAACUACUGGUUUUGAAUAUGAAACACCACCACAAAGUGGACAUAGAAGGCUUACAUCUCCUGCAGCUUUGUUAUCAACAGAAAGAAGUAUAAAUAGAAGACCACCACCACAAAUCUCUAUUCUAGAGCCAAUAGAUACUACUGAAGAAUUAGUUAGUCCAGUGACAACACAAGGAAGAAAUUAUAAAACUCCUAGAAUUGGUAAGAUAACUUCACAAGAUGACAAUAAAUUAAAUUACUCUAGUGGUGAAAUAGAAUCUGGAAAAGAAAAACCAUUAUUAGAAUCUCCAUCAGGUAAACAAACAAUUGUAUUUCAUAUGUUACCCGAUACUAAUGUCAAUUCUUCUUCAGCAACUAUAUUGGCAGAUCCAGAUACACAGAAUAUUGUUACUGAAAUUCAUAUUACCCCAGGAGUAGAUAUAAAUAUAACUUCUACUCCAAGUGGUCCAUCAAUAGAGUAUGAAGUUUCUAAGGAAAAAACUGCCAAAGCCCAAAUAAAUUUUUCAAGUGAAUCUACGACUAAGCUUAUUCCAAAGAGAAAAGAAAAUAUAUCAAAUGCAAGAAAUAAUGCAGAUAAUUUCUCUGGUGAUGUUUCUAACUCUAUUGAAGAAAUUAAUAAUAAAAAAAAUCACUUCCGAAAAGUUGACAAAGGUGGAAUAAAUUCAGUCAUAGAUAGUGAAUAUACAACUCAAGAUUUCCCACAUAGCUAUGAGCCAAAAAUAAAUACAGAUGACUAUGAAGUUCAAUUACACUCUUCAAAUAACUUAAAUAAUUCUUCAAGAGAAAAAAAGAAAAUGGCUUUUCAAAAUCAAAAGCAUAGUAACGGAUAUCCAAAUCGUUUAUUAAAUAUGUUGACUUGCAGCAAUAUAGAGACUGCUGAUUUACAUACAUUUAGAUCUCUAACUCCCGUGGAAGUUAAGACACUGAAACACUAA